UCAGCAGAAUCGCCUGUUAAGAAAAGCUGGUAGUAGCAGGUAACCUUGUACGUCCUCUAGAAUACCUCGGUGGAGUAGUAAUUUUGAUUUCUUACGCAAAAUAAAGCACCACAUGUCCAAUAAGUGUGACACUGACACCAUUCCAGCAGCCACAGAUGAACUGCUGAUACGCCUGUGUGUUUGACCAAAACUGAAUUUCCUCUCUCUCUCUCUCUCAAAAAAAAUCUUAAACUGGCUGCCACCCCGUUCCAGUUCUAGACUUCUAGUUAAUAACCCAUAUCUCUCUGAAAUCAGAAUCCAAGCACACACACCACACCACAACCAUGAAGUAUCUUGUUGCUAAUUUUGGGUUGUUGCUUCUUUCACUCUUAUUAUGUUCUGUCUCUUUAUUAACCUCAGCAGAUUCAAACACCUCCGCUACAUGUCCAAUGGAUCUUAGCUAUGUCCUAAGAAUCCCAUGGAACCAAUCCCUUUGCCAAAAGUUGCAGCCCACAGAAAAUAUAAGCGUCACUGCCGAAAACGUAACCACCACACAAUCAUGUUGUCAAACCCUCUUGUCCCUCUUUGCCAUAGGCCUUGCCCAACACCUCAAAGAAACCUCACUUUUCAACCUCCCUGACCUCCCAACUUCCAUUUCUUGUCUCAAUGAUUUCCAAUCCAAAAUCACCGCACUUUCACUCCCCACCACACUUGUCUCCUCUUGCUUCCCUCCUCUUCAGUUUGUGAUUUCACCAAACAUCUGUGCCCACAUAGAGACUACCAAAGAUUGGGUCAAUGAGCUUGGACCCACUACUGCUUUGGACUCAGGUUGCAAGUCUGACCUCACUGAUCUCACUUCCUGUGAUGCUUGUGUCUCAGCUGGGUACCAGGUUCAGAAAGAAUUGCUUGCUAUAGAUGGUAAUACCUCUCAAGCUAAAGCUCUUGAUUGCUUUUACCUUGCUGUUCUUUAUGUUGCUGGUAUUGUUAAUGCAUAUGGACCUGAGAGUGUUGGUGUUAUGACAUGUCCUCUUGGUUUACAACUUAAUUCAGAAGAGGGUGGGGAUAAGGGUCAUCCGGGGCUUGCUUUUGGGUUAACAGGAGCUGGGGUUGCUGUUGUGGUUAUGUCUUGUUUGUUGGGACUGUAUCUUUGGUAUGAUAGGAGGUGGAGGAGGAAGAAGGGUGAGGGGUCUAAUUUGAGGUACGGUCAUGAUUUGGAGGAACAAGGGUCUAAGUUAAGAGUGAGGCCAAAUACCGGGUCAAUCUGGUACAAAAUUGAGGAGCUUGAGAAGGCGACUGAUAAUUUUUCGCAGAAGAAUUUUAUUGGACAAGGUGGAUUUGGAAUGGUUUUUAAAGGGGCCUUAGUGGAUGGGACUGUGGUUGCAGUGAAGAAGGUUGUGGAGUCUGAUUUUCAAGGAGAUGCUGAGUUUUGCAAUGAGGUUGAGAUUAUUAGCAAUUUGAAGCACCGGAAUCUUGUUCCACUUAGAGGGUGUUGUGUGGUUGAUGGGUACGAGGAGUAUGAUGAGAGGGGAAGUCAAAGGUACCUUGUAUACGAUUACAUGCCUAAUGGCAAUCUUGAUGAUCAUUUGUUUCUGUCGGGUGCUAGUGGAAUGGGGAAGUCACCAUUGACAUGGCCUCAAAGGAAGAGCAUAAUCUUGGAUGUUGCGAAGGGGUUAGCUUAUUUGCACUAUGGAGUGAAGCCUGCAAUAUAUCAUAGAGAUAUCAAGGCCACAAAUAUACUUUUGGAUGCAGAUAUGAGAGCAAGAGUGGCAGAUUUUGGGCUUGCAAAGCAGAUCAAGGAGGGUCAGUCUCAUCUCACAACCAGAGUGGCUGGAACACACGGGUACUUGGCCCCGGAAUAUGCACUCUAUGGACAGCUGACUGAGAAGAGUGAUGUUUAUAGUUUUGGGGUUGUGGUUUUGGAGAUAAUGUGUGGGAGAAAAGCUCUUGAUUUGUCAUCAGGAUCACCACGUGCGUUUCUGAUAACAGAUUGGGCUUGGUCUUUGAUAAAAGCUGGAAAAGUAGAAGAGGCUUUAGAUGCUUCUCUGUCAAAGAAUGACGAUUCUGUGAAUUCGAAUCCAAAGAGCAUAAUGGAGAGAUAUGUGAUGGUUGGGAUUUUGUGUGCUCAUGUGAUGGUUGCUUUGAGGCCAACCAUUUUGGAUGCACUUAAAAUGUUGGAAGGAGAUAUUGAGGUACCGGCAAUUCCAGAUAGGCCAACGCCUCUUGGGCAUCCAUCGUUUUGUGGCAAUGGUAAUACUUUCAGCAUAUCACCAGCACUAAGUGGGCCACAAUUAAAUAGCAAGGACAUACUCAGGUAAUCAAGAAAGUUAUAGUUUUAACAAUUUAUGGACUGCUGAAAGGUUGUAGAGAUGUGGAAGCCAUGUGCAUGGAGGCCAUUCCUUGCAUGGAUUUAUUGUGUUAUAGCAUUUAAAUGCAUAUAUUGGUCAUGACCAAAGAGCAUUAUACUGGUUCUAGGAGGCCAUACCAGACUAUAUAGGUGAAGGGUUGACUAUAUUCAUAAAGUUGUAAGGCAAUGUUGAUAGCCAUAGUAUGUACCUCCUGAAAAUAGAGGCAAGUAGACUUAGCACUUAGCAGCAAAAUAAAAGAAAUUGAAGAUGGGCGUGAGCAAACAGUAUCUGUGCCAAGAAGCAAACUUAACUUGGAAGGAAAACAAGAGAGAAUUUGGAAUUCAACAAUUAGCAUCUUACAUGAAGGAUUCCUUAUUUUCUCAUAUAUUCUUCCUCGUGUGAAAAUGUAAGGACUAGGUGGGAUCUCACUGAAAAGGAAAUUCACUUGUAACCUUGCUAUCAGUACUUUUACAUAUUGAAUUGUAAAAUUUUUUGGUUUUUUUUCUUUCUUUCUUCUUCUUUAUGAAGCUUCCAUUGGCUGUGUUGUUGUGUUGACUUCAAGAACCAUUUGUCAUCAAAGGGAAGUCGCAAGCUUAAUGGUUGUUGCAUUUCACAGGUUUGCUGGAGAGAGUUGAGCACUUCAGUAGGGUUUGAGUACUUGGAAGAUUUCACACUUCCACUUCUUUCUUCGUGUAAUAGGUUUUUUGUAGAUUAAGGAAAUAUGUAAAAACUAAAACUGAAUUUAGAUAGCAGUUCAAGCUUGUAAAGAUUCUGUAUUGAAAUGUACAUACAAGGUUAGAGUUUCUCUGUUA